UUCAUCACGCAUUUAGCUUCUGAUUAAUACUCCUACUACACAUAGCAUUCGAAUCCCCAAGUGUUGAGUUAAUUAAUUCUUAAUCAACAGUUAAUGAAUACUAACUUAAGUGUUAGUUUCGUUUAUUAAGCUAGCAAAAAAAAACAAAUUUCCUGAAAAGGAAAAAUGAGAAAGAUUCUGUUAUUAUUUAUAGAGAGAUUUCUUUUUCUUUACUACCACUAGUUUCUUUUCUCUCUUAUUUGGGUUACAUUCUGUUGAGUUUUACACACACUCUCUCUCUUUCUCUAGGUGUGUGUGCUACUAGUUGCGGUGAGUGUAGCUAGUAAUGUGUGUAUGAGAAGAGAUUUGUGAGUCGGUUGAUUGAGAUUCCCCAUUUUCAAUGUUUAUUCAUUUUUGUUUUCUUUUUCUCUAAUCUUUACUGGGUUUGUGAGAUACUGAGGGAUUUGGGAUUUGGGUUUGCUUGGAGAUCUGGGUUUCUUGUUGCUCUUGUUGAGCUUUUUUUUCAUUGAAAAAGUAGAAGUAGAAGUAGAAGUAGAAGAAGAAGAAGAAGAAGAAGAAGAAGAAGAGAAGAAGAAGAAGAAUCAUGGCAGGUGGUGGUGGAGCUCCAGCACCAAAACAGGACGAGUUACAACCUCAUCCAGUCAAAGAACAACUUCCGAACAUUGCUUACUGCAUCACUAGUCCUCCUCCAUGGCCUGAAGCUAUCAUACUUGGUUUCCAGCACUAUAUUGUUAUGCUUGGGACCACUGUUAUCAUUCCUACAGCUCUUGUUCCUCAAAUGGGAGGAGGAAAUGAGGAAAAGGCUAAGGUGAUCCAGACCCUAUUGUUUGUUGCUGGUUUAAACACUCUCCUUCAAGCCUUGUUUGGAACAAGGUUACCAGCAGUGAUUGGAGGAUCAUAUACGUUUGUGAUGCCUACUAUUUCAAUAAUCUUGGCUGGUCGGUACAGCGACAUUGUGGAUCCUCGGGAGAAAUUUGAGAGGAUUAUGCGUGGAAUCCAAGGUGCUCUAAUUGUUGCCUCCACUCUUCAGAUUGUCUUGGGGUUCAGUGGCCUUUGGCGCAAUGUCGCAAGGUUCUUAAGUCCACUCUCAGCUGUUCCUUUGGUAGCUUUAGCUGGAUUUGGGCUCUACGAGCUUGGUUUCCCUGGUGUCGCCAAAUGUGUGGAGAUUGGACUUCCUCAACUCAUCUUAUUAGUAGUUUUCUCACAGUAUCUACCCCAUAUCAUUCACUCAGACAGGCACAUCUUCGACCGAUUCGCUGUUAUAUUUUCGGUGACAAUAAUAUGGGUUUAUGCUCACCUUCUUACUGUCGGUGGAGCCUAUAAGCAUGCAGCUCCAAAGACACAGUUGAGUUGUCGUACUGAUAAAGCUGGACUUGUGGGUGCUGCUCCCUGGAUACGGAUCCCCUAUCCAUUUCAAUUUGGUGCACCCACAUUUAAUGCAGGCGAGGCCUUUGCGAUGAUGGCUGCUUCAUUUGUUGCUCUCGUAGAGUCCACUGGAACCUACAUCGCUGUCUCCAGGUUUUCGAGCGCAACUCCUUUGCCACCUUCUGUUCUCAGCCGAGGUGUUGGUUGGCAGGGAGUUGGCAUUUUAUUUUCUGGAUUGUUUGGUACCUUGACGGGGUCAACUGUAUCUGUUGAGAAUGCUGGUUUGUUAGCUUUGACACGUGUUGGUAGCCGAAGGGUCGUGCAAAUAUCAGCUGGUUUCAUGAUAUUUUUUUCGAUCCUUGGAAAAUUUGGAGCUAUCUUUGCUUCUAUUCCAGCACCAAUUAUUGCUGGCCUGUAUUGCUUGUUCUUUGCUUACGUGGGUUCAUCUGGUCUCAGUUUCCUUCAAUUUUGUAACCUCAACAGCUUCAGAACCAAGUUCAUAUUAGGUUUCUCAUUCUUCAUGGGUUUAUCAGUGCCACAGUACUUCAAUGAGUACACUGUAAUCAAUGGUUAUGGUCCUGUCCAUACUAGAUCGAGAUGGUUCAACGAUAUGAUCAAUGUGCUUUUUUCAUCGGAGGCAUUCGUCGCGGGUUUCUUAGCACUGCUUAUGGAUUCAACAUUGCAUAGCAAAGAAAGUAAGAAAGACAGGGGAAUGCACUGGUGGAAGAAAUUCAGGUCUUUCAGGUCUGACACAAGAAGCGAAGAGUUCUAUUCUCUUCCUUUCAAUCUCAACAAGUUCUUCCCUUCAGUCUAAUUUGCUUCAUCUUCCAUCCAAAGUCGGUGCGAUCAAGUUUUACUUUCCCUUAGGAAUGGGAAUAUUUUUGAGGGUGCAACACAUGCUCUAAUAGAAUGAGGCUUUUUUGAGAGGGCAAUACAUGCUAAUAUGCUUUAGUGUUCCUCAUGCUACUAUUGUAUAAAAAUUUAAGUUUCCAUACGCUUUUGUGAACCCAAGCUGGAGCUGCAGGACUGAUCCCCACUGGGCUUACACAUUUUUUAAUAGUAAUAUAUAUAUAUAGUUCCGGGCAA